GAAGACUCCUCUACUGUUUGUGGUGGUUGAGUUUGUAGAAAGGUUGUGCUGUAAUAAAGGAGGGAUUUCUGGACAGUGUCGGGUUGCAUCAGUUCCGUUCUGUCCUGUUUAGGUUCUGUUUCGCUGCUCCUCAUCGUUUUUCUCCAACUCUUAUCAGAGCUGAUCCAUUCGCUGGGCUUCAGCUUUGUCCUGAGGAGGAUCAGAAACAUGCGGGAAGUUUCUCAGGCGCUUCUUUUCUUCCACAUCUCUGUGGCGUGCCUCUUCACCACAGUGUCCUGUCAAUCUGACAGCAGCAGCAGUGUGGUGGUAGCAGGCUACAAUGUCAGCGGGCCAGCCGGGUCCAAGCUGGUACUGCAGUGCAUGAGUGGUCGCAUGGUUUGGACCAGGGACAGGGUGAGGGACAGACAGAGGGUGGUCCAUUGGGAUAUAUAUCGGGACUUCCCGGACUACACCAUGGAGAGAGUGGUGGACAUGUUCUCAGCUGGAGAGCAUAGGCUGUACCACCAUCAUAACCUGGGAAGAGUCAGUCUCAACCCUACAGCCUUCAAAGACGGAAACUUUUCACUGGUCAUCAAAGAUGUAAGGAUGAAUGACAGAGGCCUGUACACAUGUAACCUCCACCAUAUCUACUGCAAGCUGGAUGAAACCGUCCGAAUUCAGCUCAAUGUGACCAAAUCAAAGCGUAAACUGCAGAGCUUCUGGGAUGGGACAAAAAGCGUGUACGUGGUGCUGCAAGGGACCACCGUGGUGUUGCCUUGCAUCAACAGACGAAGCAUCUGGACAGACUGGAGCAACGAGGAAGAGGACCAGCAGGUUGUCCACUGGGACCGGCAAGCGCCAGGAGUCCAGCAUGACCGUGCCGAUCGGCUGGUGGACCUUUACGCCUCCGGUGAGCAGCGCAGCUACGGACCUCUGUUCUUGCAGAGGAAGAUGAACAUCAGCAGUCAGGCCUUUUCGCAGGGUGACUUCUCUCUCACGAUAAAAAAUCUCCAGCCUACAGAUCAGGGGACAUAUUCCUGUCACCUACAUCAUCAUUACUGUGGCCUACAUGAAAGAAGAGAGUUUCAGGUCACGGUGGAGGCUCCUUUGAUCCAGAGCAUGCAGCCGGCCCUAUCACUUCCCAAAGACAAAGAAGACACCAAAGCUGACUCACCGCGAGUCAUCAACGUCAUCCUGCCCGACCAGAGACACCAUUUUCUCCUGCCGCUUGGCUACGUUCUCACCUCCUCCCUGCUUCUGGCAUUCAUUACCCUCAUCAUCAUCCUCAUCAUGAGACGACGCAAAGCCAAAGAUUUUUCUCCUAAAGUAUCUAUUAGGUCGAACAGAAGUCCCAGCAGCUCAGAUGAGUAUGAUAUCGACAUCGGCGAGUUGGACGUAUACAGUCAGGAAGAAAAAGGAUUUGUCUACAAGAACAACCUGCUAAAAGAAAACUCCCUGAUGAAGUCUCAGCCAAAAGCCAUUGAUCUUGACAGAGAGAUCCAGAAGUUUUCCAAGUAAGAAGGCGAGACAGAAGUGAAAUCUGAGUCACUGGCGGGUCCAGAGGCUGCAAUUGCUCCGGACCAAACACAUCUGCAUUACCUUUUGCCGUUACAAGAGAGGAAACCAGGGUGGACCUUCUUUAGUUAGCCUGGAUCAGCUUUAUUAGGAAGUUGUUGCAAUGAAAUUGCUAGUUUUACACAGAAUUAUGUUUUUCUUUAGCUGUUCCCAGCUGCGGUAAAUACUGUGUAAAUCAAGCUUUGGAUGCAUUGCAGAGAAAAAAAUUAGACUAACUGAAUGGUGAAUAGGACUUGAAAUAUUAGUCUUAUUUAACAUUGCUUUUUGUUUUUAAUUUUUUGCUUUGUUUUUUACUUCAGUAAUCCUACGCUUUCUGGACUUAGUUCCGCUAAAGUGUCACACGUGCAUGCUACCCAGAAGAACAGUGUUUUUCUAAUAUUUAGACUAAAUUACAACAGUUUUAUAUCAAGAUUCAUUGAAAAGGGCAAUUUUAAACUUAAUUUUUGUUACUGGAUGGUUAAACCAUCUUUUUUUCUGACAUCAAAACUUUCAUUCUGUUUUCUAGUUGUUUGUAAUGUUUAUUCUCUCAUAUUAAGGAGUCUAGUGAUGUAGGCCAAAAAUCCAGUGUUGUGCUUCUUAGUGUUUUAUGUAACAGUCAUUUUCUUUUAGAAAAGUUGCACUAAAAUUUUAGUUUUAGUUCAUUCUUUUUCACUAGUGCUACAUACCUAGUGUAGAAACAAGAGUACUACCCUAUAAUACAGUAUCCAUUCACAACAAAUACAAACCUAUAACUUAAUUUUUUGAAAAACAAUGUGCUUAUACUUUUUCUUUGUGUUGUUUUCUGUUAUCUAAAGUGAAUACAGUGUGUACUGCUGCACCUUAACACCUAUACAAUAAAGGAAUAAAAAGAAAAAGGAUUU